GGGGGAUCCCGGACCCGGCGCUCAGCCCCGGCGCCAUGUGAGGGGGCUCGGGGGCCGCGGGGGGCCGGGCGCUCCCCGGGGGAGAUGAGGAAACGGAGGCUCAGAGAGGUACAUGGCUUGCCCUAAGGCCUCGCAGCCAGUAAGUGGUGGAACCGGGAUUCACACUUGAACCUGAGAUGCUGUAUUGACCAUGGCCUCCUCCAGAGCAGGAUUGUGACGGGGCUGACCAGGGGACCAUGGUCCUGGCUGAGGGCACUGCUCAGGCCAAGAGCCGUCUGGACUUGAAUCAGCUGGAGGCGGCUGGACACAAGUACUUGUUUCCGUUUGACAGGUGUGAGCCCACAUCCCUGCCCCCUGGGCCACGUGCAGGACGCUGGCUCCUGCCCCUCAGCAGACGCCGGAGAGAGAUGAGUAGCAACAAAGAGCAGCGGUCAGCAGUGUUCGUGAUCCUCUUUGCUCUCAUCACCAUCCUCAUCCUCUACAGCUCCAACAGUGCCAACGAGGUCUUCCAUUAUGGCUCCCUGCGCGGCCGCAGUCGCAGGCCUAUCAACCUCAAGAAGUGGAGCAUCACCGAUGGCUAUGUCCCCAUUCUGGGCAACAAGACACUGCCCUCCCGGUGCCACCAGUGUGUGAUUGUCACCAGCUCCAGCCACCUGCUGGGCACCAAGCUGGGUCCUGAGAUUGAACGGGCCGAGUGCACAAUCCGCAUGAAUGACGCGCCCACCACGGGGUACUCCGCAGAUGUGGGCAACAAGACCACCUUC